ACUUUUGACCAGGGGUGCCCAAACUUUUGCAUUCCACUGUAUUUGUAGAAUUUAAGUGUUGCACAUCUACUGGGGUUCCAUGGCAGUCAUAUGGGCAGUGAACUGAAUGAUCCUAAGAUAAAUAUCUUUGGAUCAAGAGGAGGGAGAUGUUUGCCAGAAGAAACUACAGUAUACAGUUAGUGAAUUUGAUGAAUCAAGGAUAGGGAAAGCAGGCAAGCCAAUUGUCUUUGAUUUUUCCCUAUUUUGUGGACUCUGAACUGAUGGGAUAAUCUAAUUAGAGUAAUUGAAUGUGGUCACAAUGGCCUGCUAAACCUGAGGCCACUCUCAGAUGAAUAGCUUAUGUAAAAUGCCAGAUCUACCAAAAAAAAAAUCUGUAAUCUUGUUGACUAAGCCUGGGUUGCCUUAUUCAACUAGUUUGGACCAGCCAGAGUUGAAAGACACAAAUACACAGGGCUGGGUGGGCAGACCAUGAGACAACGUUGAUUGUACCCCUGGAUUUUGACCAGGAAGAAGGUGAUCUUAAGCCAAUGGGAUGGAGAUCCACCAGCUCAACUGAUGAGGAACACUAUUAAGAGUCUGGAACUCCAAAUACGCAGGGCGAUAACUCUCCAGCAACCAGAGACCAACCCUCGUAGAUAAGGAGGACCCCAUGAACACUUCAAGAACGGGACCACGCCUGGCCAGUGUGGACUCCUUUCAUGGCUGUUUCCUCAGUGAGGAGUAUAAUUCUGCCGUCCAGGAGUGAGUGAACACGACUUUGCCUCCCAGAUCAACAAGUCAACAGCGUUUGUCGGCGGAGGGCUACUCUGAUGGGGAACUACAAAUCCAGGCCAAACCAGACCUGCACGGAUGAGUGGAAGAAGAAAGUGAGUGAGUCGUAUGCAGUGGCGAUUGAGAAGCUGCAGGAUGAUCAGCGCAUUAAGGAGAGUGAACUGGUAGAACUUAAGCACGUCUUCAGCUCGGAUGAAGCCUUCGGCAAAGUAAACAUGAACUACCGGACAGAGAAUGGACUCUCCCUUCUUCACCUCUGCUGUAUUUGUGAUGGUAACAAGGCACACGUGAGGACCCUGAUGCUGAAAGGCCUCCGCCCCUCCCGGCUCACCAGGAACGGAUUCACUGCUUUGCACCUGGCUGCGUACAAGGCAAGCUCCGACCUGGUAACUGCUCUCCUCCACGGUGGUGCUGACAUUCAGCAGGUGGGGUAUGGAGCACUGACUGCUCUGCACAUCGCCACCAUUGCCGGUCACAGUGAGACUGUUGAUAUCCUCCUCCAACACGGUGCUUUCGUCAACGUGCAAGAUGCUGUCUUCUUCACUCCUCUGCACAUUGCCGCUUACUUCGGCCACGAGCAGGUCACCCGUCUAUUGCUGAGGUUUGGAGCAGAUGCCAGUGUCAGCGGAGAGGUUGGCGACAGACCCCUACACCUCGCCUGUGCGAAGGGCUAUCUCAACAUCGUCAAACUACUGCUCAUGGAGGCCAGCUCAGCCAACGUUAAUUCCCUGGACAACGAGGACCACUCUCCUCUCCACUUCUCUUCCCGCUUUGGCCACCAUGAGAUCAUCAGUUACUUGCUGCAGGGAAACUUUGGCGUGCAGCCUCAUGCCGUGAACAUCUACGGAGACACUGCUCUACACUUGGCCUGUUACAAUGGUAAAAUGGAAGCGGCCACUGAACUGAUCCGCCUCUCGGGGACAGAGAGCCUGACCAAGGAGAACAUCUUCAGUGAAACCUCUUUCCACAGCUCCUGCACCUAUGGCAAAAACAUCGAGCUGGUGGAGUUUCUAAUCAACCAGAACGCCAUGAGUAUAAACCACCAGGGGAGGGACGGACACACUGGGCUGCAUAGUGCCUGCUACCAUGGCCAUAUUCGGCUGGUACAGUUCCUGCUGGAUAGAGGGGCUGACAUGAACCUGGUGGCGUCCGACCCCAGUCGCUCCAGCGGAGAGAAGGACGAGCAGACGUGCCUGAUGUGGGCGUACGAGAAAGGCCAUGAUGCUAUUGUGACCUUGCUGAAACAUUACAAACGGCCUCAGGAUGAAUCUCCCUGCAAUGAGUACUCGCAGCCUGGAGGAGACGGUUCCUACGUCUCCGUUCCAUCACCGCUGGGGAAGAUCAAGAGCAUGACGAAAGAGAAAGCAGACAUCCUGCUCCUUCGAGGCAGCCUUCCAUCUCAUUUCCACCUACAGCUGUCUGACAUCGAGUUCCAUGAAAUCAUCGGAUCAGGUUCCUUCGGCAAGGUUUACAAAGGAAGGUGCCGGAAUAAAAUUGUUGCCAUUAAAAGAUAUCGUGCCAACACCUUCUGCUCCAAGUCUGACGUUGAUAUGUUCUGCCGUGAGGUGUCCAUCCUCUGCCGCCUGAACCACCCAUGUGUGAUCCAGUUCGUCGGCGCCUGUCUCAGCGACCCCAGUCAGUUCGCCAUCGUCACUCAGUACAUCUCCGGUGGCUCCCUGUUCUCCCUCCUACAUGAACAGAAGAGAAUCAUUGACCUUCAGUCUAAGCUAAUCAUCGCAAUCGAUGUGGCCAAAGGAAUGGAAUACCUUCACAACCUAACUCAACCCAUCAUCCACAGAGACCUGAACAGCCAUAACAUCCUGUUGUAUGAAGACGGCCAUGCCGUAGUUGCUGACUUUGGAGAGUCCCGCUUUCUGCUCUCAAUGGAUGAAGAUAACAUGACCAAACAGCCUGGGAACCUGCGGUGGAUGGCUCCUGAGGUCUUUACACAGUGCACUCGGUACACCAUUAAAGCGGACGUCUUCAGCUAUGCCCUGUGUCUCUGGGAACUACUGACUGGUGAAAUCCCCUUCGCACACCUCAAGCCAGCUGCUGCGGCUGCUGACAUGGCCUACCACCACGUGAGGCCGCCCAUUGGCUACUCCAUUCCCAAGCCUAUCUCCUCCCUGCUAAUGAGGGCCUGGAACGCCUGUCCAGAGGAAAGACCGGAAUUUUCGGAAAUGGUGACUAAUCUGGAGGAGUGUCUGUGCAACGUUGAGCUAAUGUCCCCAGCAUCCAGUAACAGCAGCGGCUCCCUCUCGCCCUCCUCCUCCUCCGACUGCCUGCUGGCACGGGGGGGUCCUGGCCGCAGUCACGUUGCCGCUCUACGCACUCGCUUUGAGCUAGAGUACGCGCUCAAUGCACGGGCCUAUGCGGCCUGGUCCCAGAGUGCCUCUGGCCGACGCUCGUCGCAGGAUGCUGUUGUUGAGGAGCUGAGAAGAAGUCUACAGUAUCCACCCAUGGAUGUGAAUGGCUAUGUGUCCGACCCACUCAGCACCAUGCGAUACAACUCCUGCAGCAGUGGUAGCCUGGAGGAGAGUCCCUGAGGACCUGCCACCCACCGGCUGGGCAGUGAGGGAGGAGAGUCCUCGUGAUCCUAUUGUCUGCCAGUAGAGCCGUGAGAGUGCGGGGACAGCGGCCGGAGGAGAUGAUACACAAUAAAUGAAAUGAUGUCUGGUCACAGUUUUCCUGACCUGAACUUGUUCCCAAAAUUAACACAACGUUCAGGACUGCCGAUCUUACCCAGGAAUGGAUCUCACAGCUUCAACCUUAAAGGUCUAUCCCUCCAAUCUCUGACAUCAGAGGGCUUUCCCAGAGUGGAGAGGGUGGAGUCAUUGGAUCCACCUACCGGCACCAGAGACAGGAUUCCAGUCUGGAGCCUUUGGGCCAUAGUCACACAGCACAGAAGCCAGAAUAACACUAACACACACACCAACAGCUCAGGGCACAUCUGAGAAGCAAAAUUCAGUCUCUGUUCAAAACAUCAACCAUUUAUUCCUCUGCAGCCUGACCUGCUGAGCUCCUCCACCAUUUUGAGUGUGUUUUUUUGGAUUUCCAGCAUCUGCAAAAUCUCAUGUUAAUCAGGGGGCAAAAAUAAUAGGGGAGGGCGUGAAGAGUUGGGCAGCGUUACCAGUGCAGACUUGAAACAUGAAUUAUUCCACUUAACCCACCCCAUCUAUUUUAUUCUGUCUUCUGCACCUGUCCUUUCCAGACCUGAUGAAGAGUCUCAGCCCGAAAUGUCGAUUCUUUAUUCCCCUCCAUAGAUGCGGCCUGUUCUGCUGAGUUCUCCAGCAUUUUGUGUGUGUCAGAAUCAAAACAAAAAUCAGGUUUAUUAUCACGGGCUUAUGUUCUGAAAUGUGUUUUUGCA